AAAAGCUUUUGUUGAAGAAAAGAAUAAUUUGUAAAGUGAUCUCAUCGGGUAAGAAUAGUUCAUGAUAUGUACACCUACUCAAUCUUCUCCACAGUUACACGGCAGCGAUAAGAAGAGAAGAAGUCUUUCCAUUAAUAUUGCUAUCUAGCACGAGAGAAUCGCUAUGUUGACCAUGAGGAUUGUUCGCAUGGCCUACCAGCCAAUCUUAAGGCCUAUACACCCGAUUAGACCCCUGACCAUAAAUCCAUACAAGCAGUCCUUACGGACUGUGCUCUAUGUAAGUCAACGCCAUGCAAGUGAUUCGAAAAAGCUAUUGACUUGGAGUAGUCUCAUUAAUAAACGUUAUGAUUCAUCAUCGCCAGCUCCCAAAAUAACAACUGAUCCAUCCCCAUGUGUUACUACUCCAAAAGCAACAGCACCCUCAUGCGCACCGUCUGAUGCACCCUCUGCUACACCCCAGAAAGAAGAUUCACAGUCCCCCUGUGAGUCGUCUUCUGCUCCGCCGCAGAAAGCUGCUUCUCCCCAACCGUUAACUGAUUCAUCAUCAUCAUCCUCUUCAUCUUCAUCUUCAUCUGCUACUUCAGAUUCAUCUAUAUCAUCGCAGUGUCAACCAACAUCAUCAGCUUCUACAUCUUCAACAUCUUCAACAUCCACUACAUCAUCUCCAAAAACAUACUCAACUCCAUCUACUGAAAAGAAAUCUUCCACAGAUUCUACAAAACCGCCAGACAUUAAAUUGCCGAGUCGUGAACAAUUGGAGAAGUAUUUCUUUCGCGCCACAGUUAUAGUUUGGGACGCAAGCAUCUACGUAUAUUCCGUGACGUCGAGAUUGUUUGACCAAUAUGUGUUAAAGCAGCCAGUCUUGCAACAAUAUUGGACUUUGUUCAAGAAGAAAAUGGAUCAAGCGCGUCAGGAGAUGAGAUCGAAAUAA